AUGGCCGAUGCGUUUGACGGUGAAUCGAGUGCCGGUACAUCGGAAUCCUUUUUCGACUGCGAUUCAGCAAAUAUUGACGGUCCGGUCGGGGAAGUGCGCGGCGUCAGGCUGCCGUUGCAGUCAUUACAUGGGUACGGAUCUGUGUUCAUGUACUCGGCGUCGACGAGUCCCGGGGGUGGAGGUGGUCAGGGCGGUGGUGGCGAAUCCGAGGCCAUCCCCGAAGAAGUUCUCGCACGGCUAGAGGACACCGCGACCCUCUCCAUCUCCCUUCAAGGUGAUGCUGUUCUUAGGCUAGGAGCGGCUGGCACAGGCAAUGGGAAUUUAGAGUUGUUUGAUAGUGAGAGCGGGCCGGACCUCACACUAUCACCUCAGACCUUCACGUCGACGGCAGAGGCCUUCAUCAAUGACAAUAGUGAUAGUCUUGGUGUUCCAGGAGACAACGAUACGGGUAGUAGCGAGGAAUCGAGACCUGGCGGCGGGGAUCCUGGAAAGUUGGGAGUGAAGAAACCAAGACCGAAGGCAUCGUCGCCCAACCGACAGGGACCACAGCAAUGCCAGGUCUGCGGGAAGGUGUUCAACAACGCAUCGGCGCUCACCAAGCACAAGCUGACGCACAGCGACGAGAGGAAAUACGUGUGCACGAUGUGCGGCAAGGCGUUCAAGCGGCAGGACCACUUGAACGGACACAUGCUGACCCAUCGGAACAAAAAGCCGUACGAGUGCAAGGCGGAAGGAUGUGGCAAGUCGUAUUGCGACGCGAGGAGUCUGAGGAGGCACACGGAAAAUCAUCACGCCGGUAGCAAGGUGAACGAGAGCGUUAGUCCUAGCAGUCCGACGACCGGCCCUCACACACCGAACACGCCAGGAAGCAAUCCCAGCACGCCUAGCACGCCAGGUGCGACGUCGACGCCAAAUGGCCAUGGACAUCCGGCCCUGAAGCAAUUGCUUGCCACUGAACCGACGCAGACGCAACAACAAAAGAGUGCCACGUCUCCUGGCGCCAGCAACGAUGGCCUCACGAAACAGCAAUUGGAGCUCAUCCAACAGAUCAUGCAACAAACCCAGCAACAGCAACAGCAACAACAACAGCAGACAUCCGCGCAACAGCAGCAACAACAACGCACCACCACGUCAGCGACCGUCACGACACAGAUCCAAAAAACCCAGAAACCGUCCGUCAAGUCCACAACCUCGUCCAGCAGUGUCUCCAGCAACACUGGAAGUUCGAGCGCGACCAGCAACGCUAGGUCCAGCCCGAAACCGAAAGUCUGGAGUCACGUACAGGGUUCCUUCAAUUUAAAUGUCAAAACUGCGGAAGUGUAUGGGGGACCAAUGAACUAA